AUGCCUGUUGCCACGCCUGCAAAGUACAAACUUCGAUAUAGUCUCAAAGAUAUACAUGACGGAUCACUUGUGUCAACUGUUAAGUUUUCACCAGACGGUUUAAAAUUUGCAACAUGUUGUUCCGCAGGAUCAAUCAAGAUUUGGUCAUCUCAGACAGGUGAACUCUUAACUACUUUGCGGGGCCACAACGACGGGAUAUCGGACAUAGCAUUUAGUGCCAACAAUGAAUACCUGGCUUCUGGUUCAGAUGAUUUGACAAUUCGUAUAUGGGAUCUGAAGUUUGAAGAAACAUUGAAGUUGCUGAAAAACCAUACUUAUCAUAUCACUUGUUUACAAUUCGAUAAAAGAUCGAGGAUUUUGAUCAGUGGUUCAUCAGACGAAAACAUCAGGGUUUGGGACUGCAAGAGAGGGGAAAGUAUGCGUACGUUGAGUGCCCAUUCAGAUCCAGUUUCCUCAAUUGAUUUGAGUUUUGAUGAUACCAUUAUAGUCAGUGGGUCUUACGACGGGCUGAUUAGACUUUUCGAUACCGAAACAGGAGGAUGCUUGAAAACCUUGAUCUAUGAUAAAGAAGGCUCAUCGUUCCCGAUAAGCUAUGUCAAGUUCUCACCUAAUUCAAAAUUCGUAUUGUCGAGCUCGCUGGAUGGUGUUUUGAGAUUGUGGGAUUAUAUGAACAACAAAGUGGUCAAAACCUACAAGGGCAUAAACAAUUCUCCAGUUGCUGAGAAAUUCUCCUUGGGGACUAACUUCAUUACUUUUAACAAUGAGUUGAUGAUAAACUCCGGUGACGAAAGGGGCAAUCUUGUCUUUUGGGACUUGCAAUCACAGGAGAUUCUUUUUACUUUAGAAGCAAGUGGAAAGUCUUCUCCUAUAAUGAACACAGACAGCUUUAAUAACGGACAGUUUCUGGUAUCUGUAUCUUUGGAUGGUGAGUUGUGCGUAUGGGAUUAUGUGAGUUAG